GAAGUACUCCACCUUCCAUCUGUCACCAACUGUCCAUACCAGGAGUAUUUGGAUAGUAGGGAGGUGUACACUUUUCAGAAGGAUCUGAAGCAGACAGUAGCCCUGGACAAUGCCAACUACUACAAAGGGUCCCUCUGCAAGGGGAGCAUGAAAGACAUAGCCAGAAACCUUCAUCUACAACAGCUUGCAGAGGGACAUAAGGAAGACUACGGUCUUCCUUCCCUGCCUCAUCACCAAACUCUGCAGGAGAGCUGCACCUACAUUGACACCACCCAACCUAUCCCUGCCAAUCUCAGACGUUCCCCCACCAGAGAUAGUGAGGAGGAAACAUCUGUGGCCUCACUAAAGGAGACCACCAAGACCACUCCUACAAAAUCCUCCUCCUCUAGCCACGUUCCGGCCAGAAGAACCAUCCCUUAUCCUACCAAGGUGAAGAAGGAUGCCCCUGUUGCUACUGAUGGCAAGCAGGGCAAGAAGAAAUCACCUGCCAAACCUCCCCAAGAAAAGGGGAACGUUCAAGAGAGUGAAGAUAAUGAGCCUUUGGCAAAAAGGCUGAAGAUUGGAAGGAAGUCAGCACCAAAACUAGCUGCAAAGGAUACGUCCCCAAGCAGCUCAGACUCUACAUUUUCUGACAUUCCAUCCCCACCACCUGCUCACUCUCCACUACAACAAAUCACCCCACAACCCUCUCCUAGACAACAACAAGGAGAGGGACAGAAAGAUAAAGAAGCAGCACCUGCUGCAGAAACACCAGUGGUGGAGCAAGAAGCUCAACCACAAAAGAAAGAUGAAAAAGGAAAGGGGAUUCUUGUGGAAUCCCCUAAAAAGAAGGCGAAGCCAUCCGUCCCCAGGCAAAUUAAUCUGGGAGGCCCUCUCCUGUACCCCAUCAAUCGUCCUGACACCACUGGGGAUGAAGCUCUAGCUAGAGCUCUGGCAGAGGAAGAAGGGAUGGCAGUUCCUCCACUGAUGGGGGAACAUAUUGAAGCAAUACCCUCAUCAUCCAGACCACCAGAGGAUGAGCCCGGGAAAGCACCUGAAGCACCUUUGACUGCUGGCAGCAGCCAAUAG